UGCCAGCGUUACUGAACCUCCAAAAGUACCUUUAAAACAGUUUCCAUGACUCCCUGGCACUUUCGACCAACAUGAACUCGACAUGUGGCAUCCUUGUGCUUUGAGCACUCUUCUUGUUCCAUAUCGCUCAAGUUUAAUUUCCAGUAUAAAUAAGAGCUAGUCCUUGCUACACCAAUUUGCUAAGACUCCUCUGGAUAUGCAUUAAGCCUUACCCAUAAUAUUCUUCCUUCUUCUAUUUCACUCUCAUCCAUUUAUCUCAAAAACUAUAAAUUCUGAAGUUGAAGUUUUUGUCUAUUUACAGAAACAACUUAUCAGCAUUUUGUGGUCCUUUCCACAUUGGCACAUUCACAAGAGUGAAAAAUUCAAGGACUUUAACCCCUCAUGGAUCUCAUUCGUGUGUUUUUCACUCUAUGGUUUACUUUGAUACUUUUGAACCAUAAUUUUGGAAAUGUGGAGGGAAGAUACCACCAUCACACCAAGCAGAAGAAAGUUUCCACUGCUCCUAAUGAUUCUUCUGAUUCUCCAAGUGUUCCUUCCGACCCUUCAGCUUCACCACCUUCUAAUUCUCCUAGUCCUUCUAAUUCUCCCAGUGUUCCUUCUGACCCUUAUCCAAAUGAUAACCAAACUUCCUCUUCUGACUGUGUUUUCGAUGUGAGAUCCUUUGGGGCUGUUGGAGAUGGCUGUGCUGAUGACACACGUGCAUUCAGAGCAGCAUGGAAAGCAGCAUGUGCUGUGGACUCUGGGAUUGUUCUUGCUCCAGAAAACUACAGCUUUAAAAUCACUUCAACUAUUUUUUCAGGUCCAUGCAAGCCAGGAUUGGUAUUCCAAGUGGAUGGAACACUAAUGGCACCAGAUGGACCAAAUUCGUGGCCAGAAGCAGAUAGCCGCAAUCAAUGGCUUGUAUUUUAUCGACUUGACCAAAUGACUCUUAAUGGUACAGGAACCAUUGAAGGGAAUGGAGACAAAUGGUGGGAUCUCCCCUGCAAGCCUCACAGGGGUCCCAAUGGAAAAACUUUGUCAGGGCCAUGUGGUAGUCCUGCUAUGAUACGGUUCUUCAUGAGCUCCAAUUUGAAGGUGAAGGGGUUGAAAAUUCAAAACAGUCCUCAGUUCCACAUGAUAUUCAAUGGCUGCCAAGGAGUACUGAUCGAUAAGCUCUCCAUUUCUUCACCAAAACUCAGCCCCAACACCGAUGGAAUCCAUGUAGAAAAUUCCAAAUAUGUUGGGAUAUAUAAUUCCAUGAUAAGCAAUGGUGACGAUUGCAUUUCAAUUGGACCCGGGUCCUCAAACGUGGACAUAGCUGGUUUAACUUGUGGUCCUAGCCACGGGAUUAGCAUAGGAAGCCUUGGAGUGCACAACUCCCAGGCAUGUGUGUCCAACUUAACUGUCCGUGACAGCAUCAUAAGGGAAUCAGACAACGGACUCAGAAUCAAGACAUGGCAAGGUGGAAUGGGAUCAGUGUCAAGUCUGAGAUUCGAGAACAUCCAAAUGGAGAACGUUGGAAACUGCAUCAUAAUAGAUCAAUACUACUGUUUGUCAAAGGAAUGUCUAAACCAGACUUCAGCUGUGCAUGUGAAUGAUGUGUCCUACAGCAACAUAAAGGGAACCUACGAUGUGAGAACUGCUCCUAUUCACUUUGCUUGCAGUGACACUGUUGCCUGCACAAACAUAACACUCUCUGAGGUUGAGCUUUUGCCAUUCGAAGGAGCAUUGCUGGAUGACCCUUUUUGCUGGAAUGCUUAUGGGACACAAGAGACCUUGACUAUACCUCCAAUUAAUUGCUUAAGGGAGGGUGACCCUGAAACAGUGGGCGAUCUUUCUGAAUAUCAAUGCAGUUAAUUAAACAUGUGUUGCAUUAAUUUUGGUACCUUAUAGAUAGAAAUAGAAAAUCUAUUAUAUAGUAUCAUAUAUCAUAUAUAUACUACACGUAUAGAGUUUAGAUAUAUAUCCAUUAUUAUUAUGUGUUGUUGAUGAUUGCGGUCCUCUAUAAAUUAUCUUUUAGGAUUCGUCCCUAUUUGGGUGUGUUAUUCCCAUAUUGUGCGAUGAGAUGCAGAAAUCGGUCCCUUUUUGGGCCUACACUGUAAUAGCUAGCUUGAUUGAACAUUUAUAUAUUAUAUGGCUAAAAUUAUAUACCAUUUUUGUUGCUAA